UCGUCGGAACAGAGGCUUGGAAUUAUCUCGCAGCGGAGUGCUUUCUUCUCAGUGGGUAGAGAGAGAGAGAGAGAGUGCCAUUUAUAGUGAGAGAAACAGAGAGCUUUACUUUAUUUGUUUUCGUCUCCUUUUCAUGUCUUUUAAGGGAAUAGAUGCUUGUUCAACUAUGGAAAUGAGAAUCAAACUUCAGACUCCAACUUAGAUAACGACCCCAUGGAUUUUUGUUGUUGCUUUCCUUUCUCGCGGAUAAAGUUUCCUCGAAAAUUUUGGCGUCAACUGUAAGUUAUUUUGUUUGUUUAUUUUGCUAGGGUUUCUUUUCUUAGGUUAGGCGGAUGAGGAGGCUUUGAAAUCAAGCAAGGCUCUUCGGAGAGUUUGAAACUAGUGAUUCUCCGGAAGUUUUGCAGGACGAAAGAGAGUCCGGAAUAGGGGAGCUAUGUUCUCGAUUUGAAAAAAGGGGGAAAAGUUUUAUUCGAAAUCGAUCGGUGGGGAGCAUAACUUAUUUGUUAUAAAGGACUGUUUUUCUUUUCGUUUAUGGAAAAGUUGUAAAACAGCUGUACAACUAUUUGCUGCUGUGAAUGGUUCAUAUACGUUGCGGAGUAUCGAUGGUUACUACAGUUGAGAUUUAGUUUGGUGGUUUAAAGGUGUUCUACUGAUUGGAAACCGAGAAAUGUGAAUGAGUGAUGAUUAAAGACUCAUUGGGUUAAGUUAAUGUAAAUUUUGGGAUAGCUUUGUAGUCAACAACAGUAUGAGGAAUUCGGGAAUAAUUUGAGGUUGCAGUAUGAGUUGUAACGAGAAGAAUAGAGGGGGAGAUGAUAGGAAAAUCGAGCAGCCAGUUUUGAGGAAGUCUAUUGAGGCAGAACAGAAACCAGUCAUCCAAAAUGGAUCCAUAACGGCCCAACAGUUGACGAUCGAUGAGAAUCUUCUUGUUGACCCAAAAUUACUGUUUAUUGGAUCGAAGAUUGGCGAGGGUGCUCAUGGGAAGGUUUACGAAGGCAGGUAUCGAGAUCAAAUUGUGGCCAUUAAAGUUCUUCAUCGAGGGAGUACUCUAGAAGAAAGAGCGGCACUUGAGAAUCGUUUUGCUCGUGAAGUUAAUAUGAUGUCCCGAGUAAAACAUGAAAAUCUUGUCAAGUUUAUUGGAGCUUGUAAAGAUCCUCUAAUGGUGAUAGUUACAGAACUAUUACCAGGGAUGUCACUCAGGAAGUACCUAAUGAGUAAUCGUAAGCAACAGCUGGACCCUCGGUUGGCCAUUAACUUUGCUUUGGAUAUUGCUCGUGCUAUGGAUUGUCUACAUGCAAAUGGGAUCAUACAUAGAGAUCUGAAACCUGACAAUUUGUUGCUUACGGCAAAUCAGAGGUCAGUAAAGCUUGCAGACUUUGGACUUGCUAGAGAAGAAUCUGUGACUGAGAUGAUGACUGCCGAAACAGGGACUUAUCGCUGGAUGGCUCCUGAGUUGUAUAGCACCGUGACAUUGCGCCAGGGAGAGAAGAAGCAUUACAACAACAAGGUUGAUGUAUACAGCUUCGGAAUUGUCUUAUGGGAACUCUUGACCAACCGAAUGCCAUUUGAAGGGAUGUCCAAUUUGCAAGCUGCAUAUGCUGCUGCUUUCAAGCAAGAGAGACCUAGUAUUCCAGGCGACAUACCAGCCGAUCUAGCAUUUAUCGUACAGUCGUGUUGGGUUGAAGAUCCCAACAUGAGGCCCAGCUUCAGCCAGAUCAUCCGCAUGCUUAAUGCAUAUCUAUUUACACUCCCACCUCCUUCACCAUCUUCACCAGCAUCCGACACAACAGAUACAGCAACAACCAGCAAUGGUGCUAUUACCGAGUUCUCUGCUCGUGCUAGAGGAAAGUUUGGGUUCCUUCGCCAACUGUUUGCUGCUAAGAGGGCUAAGAACUCGCAAUAAGGGGUUAAAUUUUUGAAUAGCUUGUUCUCUUUUCCACAUGCCUGUGGUAGCAUUUUGAUCUACCCGGAUUCUAGGACUGAGAGAUGGUGAUAAGGAAUAGGAUGAAAUCUGGAAAAGAGAGAAUGUCAAUGGGGCCCCCAUUGACCCAACAAUAAAUGAGAUAUAGAGAACUAUCAGAAUUGUUUAGUUGAUUUGGGUUGUAAAGGGAGGUACAUAUACUUGUGACAUUUUACUCUCAUAUUAACAUUAUCUCAGAGAGGCUUUUCUUCAUGAAAUCUAUUGGCCCAGAUCAUUUUGGAGAUGGAGCCUGGAGCUGUAAGUGUAACAUUUCCCUGGCGGGCUGUGGACACUGAACAAGACAUCAUACAUAAACCAAAAUAUAGAACAUACUUUUUUAUUUUA